AUGUUGACUCGUAAAGUAGUCGAAUGCAUUUUAAAUGCCCGCGAGAAAGGGCUAGAGGUCGCACUGCUUUUCUGUGACCUGUCUAAGGCAUUUGACGUAGCCGAUCAUUGCGUACUAGCUACUAAGUUUCAGCUCUACGGUAUUGAUCACCAAACGUUAAAACUUAUGUUAGAUUUCAUGAGCAAUAGAGUUCAAUACGUUACGGGUAGCGGGUGUGAAUUAAAGUCAGACGGUCUUUAUACGACUGUAGGAGUACCUCAGGGUUCCUCAUUGUCUUAUCUCGCCUUCUCUAUUCUGCUGAACGACUUACCGAGAAUCGUAGAGAACGCCGAAGUAUACAUGUACGCUGAUGAUGUGGCUACUGUGAUAACUGCGCCGGGACUAGAUGCUCUCGAACAAAAGCUCAGCUCGGUAAUAAAUCAAUUGGCUGAAUGGUUCCGCGGAAACGGUCUGGUGUUAAAUCUAACAAAGACCCAAUUUAUAUGUUUCGAUCUCUCUGGUCGGACUCGGCGGCAGCUGGUUGUAAAUAUCAAUGAUGUUCGUUUACAACAGGUUAAAGCAGCGUCCUUCCUCGGUUUUCAAUUAGAUCAAACUUUGUCGUGGGAUCACCACAUCGAAAAUCUAUCUGGUAGAUUAGCCCGUAGCUGUUUCGCAAUAAGUAGACUUUCCUCGACAUUGUCAAAGAAAGCGCUACGUACCUGUUACUUUGCAACCUUUCAGUCACAGGUACAAUAUGGAGUUGAAUUUUGGGGACGCGCCGCGGACUCUGAAUGA